GGAUCAUACUUUUUAUUAACCUUCAUAACAUACACAGAAGUCUCAAACGUUUAAAAGUAGGAUAAAAAGGGUUUGGUUCCUAUUUUCUCUUCCUCACCAAACAAGAUAAAGUCUCUCUCUCUCUCUCCAUAAUUUACCUCUGUAUAUCUUUCUCCCAAAACAUAGUGUAGUUGUUUAUGGUCGUGGUAGGACUGGAUGGUAUUUAGGCAAGGAGCCGAAGGUGGAUUUCAACCACUGAAUGGACAACCAAUAAAUUGGUGGACGGUUGCUAUUCAUUUUGGCAGGGUGGAUUGCUGCAAUUAUACAAUGGUUGUGUUUGGAGGCCACAGAAUUUCAAUGGUUAUUCUUUUGGGGUUAUUUGUUCUGACGGAGAAGACAAUCUUGAAAGAAAUCCAUUCACACUGAUUUAGCUUGAAGAUGGACCGUGGUAGACAUUCCGUAGAUAUGGGUAAUCUCCAACGCAAUCGAAGAAAGGAGAUUGCGACAACUCAUCCUAGUUUACGCAAAGACAAGGGUAAAGGGCGGGCCGGGUCUUCUUUUCAAAGUCGAGAAGAUUUUGAAACGGAGUACCAAAUGCGAGAUGAGGAUGCGAUGUCCGACGAGCAACUACAACAACUAUUGGCGCAAAAUGAUGGUCGCUUUUUCCAUCAACAAAACAUCCCGGAGUCCAUUGAUGAAGAUGAGCUCGAGGAUGAGGAUGCGGAGGAGGACGCGGGGGGCAACGGCAGUCACGGCAUCCCGGAUGAUGGACGAGGGUGGUUCAUCCCAAGUUGGUAAGAAAUCUAAAUCUCCUAUUAUAGAAAAUAAUUUUACAAAGAGGAAAGACAAAACAACCGAUAAAUGAUACGCAAGUUGCAAUCAUUGCAAGGAGUAUAGCUUGGGAACUUCCGGCGGAUACGGGAGCCUCAAAAGGCAUCUUAAGUCCGCGCACUCUGUGGAGUAUGCGAAAAUAGACAAAGGCAAGGGGAAACAAACUCAAAUAUCGAGGUUUGCAAAUGACCAACCUUUUGGUAAUUUCUCAUACAAUGAUGCACAAAAUUUGACUGGUAUGAUUAACUUAAUUGUUGAAGAAAAUUUGUCUUAUUUGUUUUCUGAAAGUCUUGCUUUUAAAGAUUAUGCACAAAUUUAUUUAAAUCCUCAAUUUAGAGCUUAUAGUCGCAAAACGAUUAAGAAAGAAAUUAUAAGGCUUUAUCGUGCGGAAAAGGAUAGGUUACAAAUGUUUUUUGCAAACUUUGAUGGCUGUGUUACUAUUUGUUCUGACAUUUGGGAGGAUACUUAUCAUCAUUUACAUUAUUUGGGUCUGACUGCACAUUUUAUUGAUAAUGAUUGGAAUUUGCAUAAACGUGUUCUUGCUUUUCGUGAAUUUAAUGAUCGUCACACCGCUGAACAUAUUUAUAUUUUGAUUGAAUGUAUUUUAAAUGAGUAUAAUUUGAUUGAUAAGGUGUUUGCUAUAGGUUUUGAUAAUGCUAGUAAUAAUACUGCUGUUAUACCUAGAUUGCAUGAAUUGUGUGGUUCUAAUACUUUGAUGGGUAGAUUUUUUCAUCAACGGUGUGCAUGCCAUGUUAUAAAUUUAUGUGUGUAAGACGGUCUAAAAGCGUUAGGAGAUGCUAUGGAGGUAGUCAAGAGAGGGAUUAAAUGUAUUUGGGGGUAAUGGUCAACUUAAAUUAAAAUGGAAAAAUUAUUUGAUUGAAAGAGGUGUGAAAUAUGUUGCUUUUCCUAAACAUUUAUCUAUUCGUUAGAAUAGUACUUAUUAAUUAAUUAAAGUUCUUCUUAGAUAUAAAGAAUAUUUUCCUACUUUUUUAAGACAAUAUGAUAACUACUCUGUAUAUUUUAAACUCCGCUAACAUUGACACUUGCGAAAAAUUUUGUAAUGUUUUGAUAUUUUAUAACAAUCCAACUGAAAGUUUUGGUCAUGUUUAGAAACCUACUUCAAACGAAUUUAUUCGUGAAGUUGUUAAUCUCGUCGGUGCUUUUAAUGAAUUUGAGAAUGCCACCUACGUGAGUUAUUUUUGUGGUUUUAUGAAGGAAUUUUUUUAAAAAUAUUAUGCACAAUUCUUGUGACUCGGCCCGAACCGGCACCGGGCGAAGGAUGGGCCGGUCCCGGGCCUCCCAUUCCAGAACCGGAGGCCGACCGAGCCUGACCCGGAAGCGGGCCGGGCGGCCCAAACCGGGUCCAAGACUACUUAUGUGCUAGCGUGUUUCGAACUCAUGAACUAAACCCAAUCAAUACUUUUUACUCAAUACUUUUUACCCUAAGCUCUGUGUUUUAUUUCAUCUAUCACAAUGUGUAAUACCGAGUAGGUAGUAACCUUAUAAACUAGGUUGCACAAUGUAACACUUGAGAUUUAAUUUAAAUGGAUUAUUAAUAGUAUUACUCAUACCAACAACAUGUAUCUCCUUUUAAUGGAGCUCAUCCGCUAAAAACUCCAAAGUUAAGCGUGCUUGCACGGAAGUAGUCUUGGGAUUAUGAAUGGAUCCGGGUCGGGCCGGUUCCGGUUCGCACCUGAGCCCGUUCGGGCCUUGGUUUGGGAAAAUGGGAACCGGAACCGGCCCGGGUGGCUGGCGGUUCCAGGCCGGGCCGGGCCACCCGGCGGUUUACUGGGCCGGGCCGGGUGGGUUCCUGGCUUUUUAAUUUUUUUUAUUCUUGAAUUGAUGUACACAAUAAUAUAAAAAAUUCAAGUAUAUUUAUUUCAAAUAAGUACAACUGAGAAUUAGGAUGAAUUUAAUAAAUGUAUUAAAUUUUGUAAUAAAUAAUCAAUCGGAAUCUCUGCCUUCGGUCAUUUCUUGAGUUCUUCGUUGAGCCUUCAACCACUCGUGGAAGCAAAUUGGCGUCUCAAGAGAGCUCGGGCUCAACCUCAUUCUAUAAUCGGUUAGGACGUUGCCGGCCGCACUAAAUUGUUGUUCUACGGCAACUUUUCUACGGGAACGUUCUUUCAUUUUCCUUCCACUACUUAAGAAUGUCAAAGUCAUUCCCAACUUCAUAAUCAACAUUCAAUGUUAGAUACAAAAAAAGCUCGUUAACUGAGCUUUGUACAGUAGCGGGAGUUGCUCUACUUUUUUUCAAAAGAGAACCAAACACAGAUUUUAAAAGUGAUUUUCCUUUAGAUGAAGAAGAUGUUCACGGCAUGAGAGGGGGUGUAUUACCAUAUUGUGCAUAAAAUUCCUUAUAGAAUUGAUGAAAUAAAUUACUAACCUUGUUGAAUUCUUGUUUAGGGUUUAUGGGAUUAUCAUCGAACUCUUGAGUUAGAAAAAAAGAAGCAUAAUAGUAAUCUAUACAAGUUCCCAAGUAAGCAAGUUUAUAAUGAGGAUCAAGAACAAAUGCAAUACCAUAUAUAUGCGGAGUAUGUGAAUAAUAUUUUAAAAACUUUUGUUUCAUGAAAAUAACUAAUGUAAGCGGCAUCGGCAAAUUCACAAAAAGCGCCGGCGAGAUUAAUAGUUUCAACAAAAAAUUCGUUUGCGGUAGGUUUAUAAACAUGACUAAAAGUUUGAGUUGCAUUAUUAAAAUAUACCAAAACAUUAACAAUUUUUUCACCGAUGUCAGUCAGGUUUAUAAUAUAGUUACAAGAUUGUCUUGAAAAAGCAGGAAAAUGAUCUUUAUAUUUAAUAAAUACUUUAAUUCAGUUAUAAGUACUAUUCCAACGAAUAGACAAAUCUUUAGAAAAAGCACAAUAAUUGACACGUCUAUCCUUCAAAUAUUGCCGUCAUUGCAUUUUUAGUGGAGUAUUACCCAAAUCAUUUUAAUUCUCCCUUCACUACCUCCAAAACAUUUCCUAAUGCCGCUAACCCAUCUUGUACACACAAAUUUAGAAUAUGACAUGCACAACGUUGAUGAAAAACCUACCCAUCAAUGUUGAAGCACCACACAAUUCACACAAUCUAGGUAUAGCAGCAGUAUUAUUACUAUCAUUAUCAAAACUUACAGCAAACACCUUAUCAAUCAAAUUAUACUCAAUUAAAAUAUGCUCAAUGACUAUCCUUGAAUUCACGAAAAGCAAGAACACGUUUAUGCAUAUUCCAAUCAUCAUCAAUAUAAUGUGCAGUAAGACCCAAAUAAUAUAAAUGAUGAUAAGUAUCCUCCCAUAUAUCGCUACAAAUACUAACACAUCCAUCAAAGUUUGCGAAAAAUGUUUGUAAUUUUUCUUUUUCCAAGUUAUAUUGCCUUGUAGCUUCUUUUUUAAUCGUUUUGCGACUAUAAUUUCUAAAUUGAGGAUUUAAAGUACCUUGAACAUAAUCUCUUAAAGCAAGACUUUGGGAAAAAAUAUAGGGUAAAUUUUCUUCAACAAUUAAAUGAGACAUACCAGUCAAAUGUUUUUGAUCAUCAUCGUAGAAAUUACCAAAAGAUUGAGAAUUUGCAAACCUUGAUAUUUGUGUUUGCUUCCCCUUGCCUUUGUCUAUUUUCGCAUACUCCACAAAGUGUGCGGACUUAAGAUGCCUUGUCAGACUCCCGUAUCCGCCAGAAGUUCCCAAGCUAUACUCUUUGUUGCAAUGAUUGCAACUUGCGUACCAUUUAUCGGUAUUUUUGUCUUUCAUUUUUGUAAAGUUGUUUUCAAUAAUAGGAGAUUUAGAUUUCUUACCAAUUUGGGAUGAAACCCCCUCGUCCUCCAACUCUUGCUCAUCAUCUGGGGUGCCGUCGCCCCCCUGCCCUUCGUCCUCCUCCCCAUCCUCGAGCUCAUCUUCGUCAAUGGUUGUCGGGAAUUGUUGUUCUUGUGCAAAGCGUGGAUCAUUUUGGGACAAUAGGUUUUGUAGUUGCUCGUCGGGCAUCACCAUAUCAUCUCUCCAUUGGUAAUCCGUUUCAAAAUCAUCUCGACUUUGAAAAGAAGACUCGGCCCGCGCUUUACCUUUGCGUGAAGUAGGACGAGUCGCCGUAAUCUCCCUCUUGCGGUUGCGUUGGAGAUUACCCAUAUCUACAAAAUGUCUACCACGGCUCAUCUUUAAAAUUGAACAAACAUCAAAUGAUAUCAAAUAUUUUAUAUGAGUACAAUAGUAAUAAUAAAAUGUGACUAAGAAAACUAUAGGAAAUUCGAACUAAAAUAUGAGUAUAUCAAAUGUAACAAUUUUUUUCCUUGAAAAAAAAUCGAACUACUUCUAAUUAAUACUUUAAUGAGAAAUGUAGCAAUUAACUAAUAUUAAUAUGAGAAAUGUAACAAUUAACUAGUUUUUUUACUUUAAUGAGAAAUGUACCAAUUAACUAAUAUUCAUAUGACAAAUGUAAAAAUUAACUAGUUUUUGUACUUUAAUGACAAAUAUAACAAUUAACUAGUUUUUUUACUUUAAUGCGAAAUGUACCAAUUAACUAAUAUUAAUAUGAAAAAUGCAACCAUUAACUAGUUUUUUUACUUUAAUGCGAAAUGUACCAAUUAACUAAUAUUAAUAUUAGGCCUGGACUCGGGCCGGGCGGCCCGACCCGGAACCGGCCCGGCCCGGCCACUGUAGCAACCGGCCCGGCCCGGUGGCCCGGUUCACCGGCGGUUCGGGUCGAACCGGCCCGGUGGUUCCCGGUUCCGGGCCCGGGCCUUCCAUAUGGUGAACCGGCCCGGCCGGUUCGGGCCCGGUCCGGGCCGGAAAUAAUUUUUUUUUUAUUUUUUUUUGAAAAUUUUUUAUGUUUUGGGUUAGAUUAGGUAUUUUGGUCCAUUUGAGGUGGUUUGGGGUGGUUUGGGGUUGAGAAAGAGGGGUAGGGGAUUAAAUAAAGAAGCCAAAAAACAAAAAACAAAAAAAAUAGGGCGGGUGGCCCGGCCCGGAACCGGCCCGGUCUGGCCCGGAACCGGCCCGGAACCGGCCACCCCCGGUUCGGGCUCGGGCCUCAAUAUUCUGAACCGAGGCCCGGCCGGGCCCAGGCCCGAGGCCCGAACCGGCCCGGUUCAGUCCACCCCUAAUUAAUAUGACAAAUGUAACAACUAACUAGUUUUUUUUCUUUAAUGAGAAAUGUACUAAAUAACUAAUAUUAAUAUGAAAAAUGUAACAAUUAACUAGUUUUUUUACUUUAAUGUGAAUUGUACCAGUUAACUAAUAUUAAUAUGAAAAAUGUAACAAUUAACUAGUUUUUUUACUUUAAUGCGAAAUGUACUAGUUAACUAAUAUUAAUAUGAAAAAUGUAACAAUUAACUAGUUUUUUUAACUUUAAUGAGAAAUGUACCAAUUAACUAAUAGGAAAAUGAAAAAUGUAACAAUUAACUACUCUUUGUAGUUUAAAGAUAAAUGUGGAAAAAUGAACUAAUAUUAAUAUGAGAUAUGUAACAAGUAACUAAUUUUUUUUUUUCUUUAAAGAGAAAUGUAACAAUUAACUAAUUUAAUAGAUAAAUGAGAAGUCUAACAAUUAACUACUUUUAUAAAAUGUAUGAAUGUGUAUAAGUAUAUAUAGUUUAUAUAAUGUGUAAAUGUAUUAUAAGUAAUAUAUAAUAUAAUGUUUAUAGUAUAUAAUAUAUAAGUAUAUUACGAUAAGAUGAGUAAUACACUUAUACUUAAUACUUUAAUAUAUAUAAGUAUAUAUUAACUAAAUGUAAUAUGUAAAUAUAAGCAAAAACAAUAGUAUGGAUAAUAACUAAAUAUCAAGUAAAUAUGAAUGUGUAUAAGUAUAUAUAGUAUAUAUAAUGUGUAAAGAAUUAUAAUAUGAAUGUGUAUAUAUAUAUAUGUGUGUGUGUGUGUGUAUAUUUAUAAGUAGAUAAUUAAUAUAUAAGUAGAUAUAAUAAUUAUAUAAAUAAUAUAUAUGUAGAAAAAAUUUGGAGAAGAUGAAGAAUGAAGAUGAUUGAAUAUGAGAGAAUAGAGAAUUAGAGAGUAGGAAGAGUUGUAGAAGAAGAGGUGUAAAAAAUGUAUAUAAAAUAGGAGUAUAAAUAGUUUUUUUUGUAUACCCCACCUCCCAAACCCCCCAGACCCCCCUCUUAUGCCCCCAACGGCUAUAGAGCCGUUUGGGACUAGUCCCAACGGCUAGAAGCCUUUAAAUAUUAUUAAAAAAAUGGCCGCCGUUGUGGCCCGAACCGGGCCCGGCCGGGCCGGUUCACCUUUCUGCAGGCCCGAGCCCGGACCGCUUUAAGACGGGUCGGUUGGCCCGAAUCGGCACCUUGACCAGUUACCUUGCCGGGCCGAGUACAAACAGUCCCGGUCCGGGCCGGUUGACCCGACCCGAGUCCACCCAUACUUGGGAUGGGUGACCCCCUGGAAAGUUUCUCAGGGCGCCCACGAGUGAGGACAAAGUGAGCGGAAAAGGCUAGUGACGGUUUGUGAGGAUAGUACUAGAGGCCUUGAGGGUGUGUGUGAGUAACUAUUUUGGGUCCUGCGAGGGCGGGGUGUUACACAUACAAUUUAAGAACGCGUUUGUAACUCUGUUUUUCGGUUUAUUAGGCUUAUUAGCGAACUUUUUAAUCGAACACCUAAUUUUUUAUUUUCCUUGUUGAAUUGUUUUAACAAUAAAAUACAUUUUAAAAAUAAUUUUUCAUAAAUUAGCAGAAUCAGCCAAUAUAAUCACUCUAGUCAGAAUUUCAUCAGAAUCAGUCGAUUCAGUGUUACCGAAUGAGCUCUAAAUCAUACACAAGUCUAAAAUUUAUAUUUUUAUAUAACAUCAUAAUUGCUUGAAUAUGUAUUGAUUUUACUGUUUUGAAUUAUUAUGCAUUUCAUAGGACAUGCCUUAUCAUAUAUUUUUCAUUAAGGGGUGUUGUCUAGGAGGAUGUACAUGACUUUUUCGAUAUAUGAAUGAGGUGAUGACAAUAUGUUCAACACUGAAGUACAAGAGGAAGACGGGGACAUUGGAGAAGAAACAAUGAAACAUAUGACGUAUAUGGUAUAAUGGGGUACCGAGAGUCUACUAUAUAUGACAAAUUUACGGGAUGAAGUUGCUAAUAGACUAGUUAGAAAUUUUUAUCAUGUAACUGGCUCUUUUAUUUAAGUAAUUCAAAAUAUAAUGUUUUCUAGACAUGUGACAUUAUCAUUCACAACAAGGAAAAGAAACAGACAGUAUACAUUUAGUGUUUCUUCUAGACAUGAGGGUUAUCUGGUCAUUUAACAUAAUUCAAAUAUCUCAUUCCGC